AUGGAUUCCUCGUGCAACGAAUGCAUCAAGGGCUCCAUCCAUAAAGGCCAACCUGUGGGCCAAGAAGAAGUCAUCCAUGGCCUCAACACGUAUGUGACUGGCAAUCGUACCAGCGCCCGAGGCAUCAUUGUCAUGUACACGGAUGUAUUUGGCCUGGCGCUGCCCAACAACAAGCUCAUUGCCGACGCCCUGGCCAAGAGCGGCGAGUGGCUAGUGUACAUGCCCGAUUUCUUCAAGGGCGACCCCGUCCCGCUCAAGAUGGCGGACCUCUUGAUCCCCGUCGACGCGGCCAACCAGUCUACGCUCUGCAAAUAUACCGGUCUGCUGGCCAGCGCCCCAUCCUUUGUCCUGUGGAUGACACGGCACAAGGCGGGACCGACCGACAAGACGUGUAUGGACUUUUUGCGGUCGCUGCGGCGCGCCACGCCCAGAACCCAGAAAAUCGGAAUGGUUGGCUUCUGCUGGGGAGGCAGGUACGCGAUUCGCGCCGGCCUUACGAGUAAUAUGCUGGAGAUGGACGGCGCCGAAAAGGUCCCCUUGGUGGAUGCGGUCGUGGCUUUACACCCGAGCAACAUGAUCCUGCCGGACGAUGUGGCGGCGCUCUCGGUCCCAGUCAGCUACGGCUGGGGGCAGGAGGACACGCAAGUCAGUAUUGAGAUGAAAGGCAAGAUUGAAAAAAUUCACGCAUCAGCAGCGGUGCCCGAGAUGGAACACAAGGUUUACAAGCCUGGACGGCAUGGAUUUGCGGUCCGCGGAAACCCAGAUGAUCCGCAGGAGAGGGCGUGCUUGGAAGAUUCCAUUACUCAGAUCUUGACGUGGUUCGGAAAGUGGUUAUAA